GCAUCGCGGGGGUUGGCGGCUGCGACUAAUCCUAUUGCCCUUCGGUGGUUCAACAUAGCCCCUUAAGAACCCCCAUUUUUAACAACCAUUUUUUUUUCUCUAAUUGAAUAAUGGAUUCUGUAAUAACCACCACCUCCGCCACGGCAACGGCGGCAACUGCAGCGGCGACGGUAAGACCCCGGUUCUCGUUUCAACUCCUUGCCAAUCCCAGACCUAAGAAAUCGGCAUUCUCCUUGUCAGUUCCAACGACUAUUUUCACGACCCACCGAGCUCGAAUUUUGCCCCAAUUUUCACCUGUUCGAGCUCAAGAGGAUGGUUCAGCCGUGGUUUCUGAAUCAACCAUUCCUGAAGGAGAUGCUCUCAAAAUCAAGCAGUGGGAAGUAGAAAGAUUCCAAGAUGAAAUUGCUGCAAGUCAGGGUAUAAAAAUUAGGAGGAGGCCGACAACGGGACCUCCCUUGCACUAUGUUGGCCCUUUUGAAUUUCGUAUGCAGAAUGAAGGCAAUACUCCAUGUAACAUACUAGAAGAAAUUGUCUGGUAUAAGGACAAGGAAGUCUCACAGAUGAAAGAGAAGAAACCGCUUCUUCUACUGAGAAAACUGCUUAGCGGUGCUCCACCUACUAGGGAUUUUCUAGGAGCUCUGAAAGAAUCAUAUUCAAGAACUGGAUUGCCUGCUCUUAUUGCUGAAGUGAAGAAGGCUUCUCCAAGUAGAGGUGUUCUGCGUGAAGAUUUCAAUCCAGUUGAGAUUGCCAAAGCUUAUGAAAGAGGUGGAGCGGCAUGCCUUAGUGUUUUGACAGAUCAGAAAUAUUUUCAGGGAAGCUUUGAAAAUCUAGAGGCCAUAAGGAAUGCUGGAGUAGAGUGCCCUUUGUUGUGUAAAGAAUUUGUUGUAGAGGCUUGGCAAAUCUACUAUGCUCGGGUCAAAGGUGCCGAUGCAAUUUUGUUAAUUGCUGCUGUUCUACCAAAUCUUGACAUCCAGUAUAUGAUUAAGAUCUGCAAAUUACUUGGAUUGACAGCACUAGUUGAGGUACAUGAUGAGAUGGAAAUGGAUCGUGUCCUUGGAAUUGAUGGGGUUGAGCUGAUUGGCAUCAAUAAUAGAGACCUUGGAACUUUCAAGGUGGACAUCAGCAAUACCAAGAAACUUCUGGAAGGAGAGCGUGGGGAAAGGAUUCGGGAGAAGGGCAUAAUUGUUGUUGGGGAGUCUGGACUAUUUUCUCCAGCUGAUAUUGGUUAUGUACGAGAAGCCGGUGUCAAAGCGGUGCUAGUUGGCGAGUCACUUGUAAAACAAGAGGAUCCUGCUAAAGGAAUAAGUGAACUUUUUGGUAAAGACAUCUCCUGCUAAGAUGCAGUCAGUUGACUCUGUUACGGUUCCCAUCCGGAGUGAUCUUGUUGAGAUUCCUCACCACAAUUAUGUAAUCUCUCACCAUUUUGUAUUGUUCGUUACCUGCUUGCUUCAUUGUAAGAUAUAAGGUAUAGAUAAUUUACGGUAUGAAUGGAAAUGAUAAUUUGAUACUUA